GGUAUCUGACAGGAAGUCUUUGUCAGACACUACAAUUUCUUCCAGUCUUAGAUUUGUCAGUGACGUACCUACUAGGCGUCGACCCUCCAUCCUCGAAUAAGUGCCGAGUCGACGUCGCAUCUAGUGAAGGUAGGAUUGAGGCUUCACUCUCCGUGAGGACUCGCCAAGACGAUCAUCACUAUAAGUGUUAACGCGAAAUCAAUCAUGAAUGGCAUAAGCCGACUUCAUCCGUUCCGAAAUGAUGCCACCUAGGAAGAGUCAACCACCGCGAUCAUCCACGCGCCGGACGCGUCAGUCAACUCGUCGACGCGAGACUCUCGACGAUGGCAUUCCCAAUGUGUACGGCGAAAUGCUCGCAGAAGCUUUACGUGAAAAAAACGCCGCCGCAUCGAGUCCCAGGUCGUCCAAACGGAGAAAACUCAGCGAAGAGCCCUCGACCAAGAUCGACCUCGAUUUUGACUUGUUCGGCUCUUCACAAGUCACCCCAGAACAAAACUUGAACGUCGAAGCUACGGAAAGGCUACAACAGAUAGUAUACGAUGAUUUCGAAGGCUCAGAGGAGUCGGAAGCUGAAUUCGAGGAUGUCGAUCUCGAAGCGGCAGUAGACGAGGACGAACCGGUUGAAAAGGCCGAGCAGAAGACUCUGGUGCUGGACUUGUCCAAGACAAACCUGGACUCUUCCAAACGGGGCAUUCAACGGCGAAAGCCUGUGGGGCCAGCAGAACGAAAACUCCGUCUAGAAGUGCACAGAGCACAUCUUGUCUGUCUACUGGCACACCUGAGUUGUCGGAACAGAUGGUGUGAGAGCCAGUCAAUUCACGCCAUGCUCAAACCUCUCGUCCCUCGCAAGAUUACAGCUCUACUUCACGUCGAUGAGUCCAAACCACAAUAUCAGCGAUCGCACUCGUUUCUGAAAGGAAUCGAGGAAGUUUGUGCUAUUUGGAAAGUUGAGUGGACGAUUACGGAAAGAGGUAUGAGACGUGCUCACUGGAGAGCGGAUGUUGAUGCAGUGAAAGAGAGCGACGAUACUGGAGACCUGAUUGACUUCGAGGAGUUCAGGGUUGCUGCAAAGUCACGAUCUGGCUCACGGGAUCUCGGUGCACAAUUACUCUGCGCGUUGCUUCGUUCCGUCGCCGUCGAAACUAGAUUGGUCUGCUCUCUUCAGGUCCUACCAUUCUCCGGUGUUGCAAAAGGCCAGACACCCGAGAAGCCAAAGCCGCAAUAUUACCAUGCCCCCACUCAGGCUUACGGAUCGACCGCGGAAGAGACAACAACGCCACGCCCAUCACCUUCCAAGGCAAAAAGAGUCAAGGACUCACCAUUUCCCAUCUUCUGGGUUGAGGUAUACUCGCCUUCGACGGCGACAUGGAUGCCGUUGGAUCCGAUCGUGCGAAACACAAUCAACAAGCCCAAGACCGGAUUCGAACCGCCUGCAUCCGACCAGCAAAACAGCAUGACUUACGUGAUAGCAUUUGAGGAUGACGGGUCCGCGAAGGACGUCACCAGACGAUAUACCCAAUGGUACAAUGCAAAGACACGAAAGCAAAGAGUGGAAAGCACCAAGGGUGGGGAGGAGUGGUGGGAAAGGACAAUGCGAGUCUAUCAAAAGCCCUUUGACGAAGUGAGAGACGAGAUCGAAGAUGCUGCCCUCUUGAAACGUGCCGAAACCGAGCCCAUGCCACGAAACGUACAGGAGUUUAAAGGACAUCCUGUCUACGUUCUCGAGCGGCAUUUGCGCAUGAGUGAAGUCAUCCAGCCCAAGCAUGAAGUGGGAAAGGUGAGUACGGGAACCGCCAAAAACGCAAAGCUGGAGAGCGUCUUUCGUCGACGGGACGUUCAUCUAUGUCGAAGCGCUGAUGCAUGGUACCGGCGAGGGCGAGAUGUAAAGGAAGGGGAACAGCCCCUGAAGAGAGUGGUGCCCAAACGAAAACGUGAUGUUGUCACUGAAGACUUUGAUGAAGAUGACGAAGCGAAUGAGGGGACGGCACUAUAUGCUGAAUACCAGACACGACUUUACGAACCACCGCCAGUCGUCAAUGGAGACAUUCCAAAGAACGCAUAUGGCAACCUGGACGUCUAUGUUCCAUCGAUGAUUCCUGCUGGAGCAGUUCAUGUCCGUCACCCUCUAGCUGCUGAAGCCGCUCGUGUUCUGGAUAUCAGUUACUCUGAUGCGGUGACCGGCUUUGAGUUCAAGGGUCGACAAGGGACAGCUGUUGUCGAUGGUGCGGUCGUGAGCAUGAACAUGUGCAAUGCCAUGGUCAAUGUGAUUGAAGGAUUGGAGUCCGAGGCGACAGGCGAAGCCACGGCGGCACGCAGCAGGAUUCUCCUCGGUCUGUGGAAGCGAUGGCUUACCGCGCUUAGGGUAAGGGAGCGGGUCCAGCGGGAGUACGGCGACAAGGAAGAGGACGAUGAAGCGACGGCUGAGGCAGAUGCUGACGAUGACGAUGAUGAGACGUAUCAGGACGAGGAUGCUGGUGGUGGCUUCAUGCUCGAAGAAGCAGAGCCAGGCCAGCCGAGUAUCAAACCGCCAGAUUCAGAGGCUCAACCUGCUUUCCCGAAGCUACAGCCCCUUGAUGGGUUGUUGCCUCCAGAAGUCUUGCACAUGGAGAUUAUUGUCGUCAGAUCUCCGCACAAACUGCCUGAAACAGCCGAGCGACCAAACGGCAAGGCAAAAGCCACAGAUUUUACGCAACCAUUAAAGGACAGCGAACCGGGAGGCUUUCUACCCGAAGCAGACGAUGGUGACGAAGGUGGAGGAUUCGUGCCCGAACUAGAGGCAGAAGAUGGCAUCACCGGAGGAGGCUUCCUGCCCGGGGAAGACGAAGAGGAAGAACCAGCUAGAAGUUCCGCGCAUGCACACCAGCCCACCAUAAUGCUGGCCGACGCAGACGAAUAUGGAGGCGGUUUCCUACCAGAAGAUGACGAGGAUGACAAACCCGCCGGAGGGGCCUCGCAAGACCACACCAACAAGCCUCGCAAGACUCAGCAUGACGCAAUGUACGAUACAACGGGCGGUUUCUUCACCGAGGACAACAAUGAUCCCGCAAAUGCAGCUGCCAUUCAUGUCGAGCCCAGCUCGCCUCUUGGUUCUAUACAAAAGGCCACCGCAGAAGAGAGUAGCAUCCAAGUUGCAACUCCAAGUGGUUUGCCGAGUACAAACACAUUGGCACCACCAGCGAGACGGACAGCCAGCACAGACACAGACACAAACCCAGCGACGCCGGCCUCCGAGAAUUCAUUACUCUCGCACGACCCUGACGAAGAAGAUGCCGAGCCUGAGUGGUUAUUGAACAGUCUUGGUGAAUGACUACUGUAGGGUUUGACAGCAACCGUACCCGGAAAAACGACGCCGAGCGGUGAUGCACUGAUGGUUACUCAAUAGUCUGAGUGGUGCUGGUGGUGGAUUUGAUUUCGACAGUACCCUCUCCUUGGCUACCUGAGAGCCAAAAUGGUGCCUGGACCUUGUGACACCUAACAACCAACAAAUUGAAUGGUGUGUGAUGUUGUAUUGGUCUGUAUAUAUGACUUCUUCCCUGAUUAGGUAGGCCUGAAAUGUCCUCCUCCUGGCAGUGUUACAUGAGUAGUACGACAUCAUGAGUAUCCAGUACGCUUACGAGGUGGAAGAGGAUGUCAUGAUAUUCAGAGAAUG